AGGUACUUUCACUUCUGUUUCUCCAUUUGGGUGGAGCCUCCCGGGCCGAGUGGAUUCACAGACUUCCUGCUCAGCACUGGGCAGCCACACUGGUCCCAGGCUGCGGACACACACUGGAGGGAUCAGAAGUCCAGGCAGUGCCCAGGACAGGACGAUAGCCGCUGGGGGCAGCGACCUCAGCACCAGGAUGUCUACAGAAAACAAGAGAAUCUGUGACAUUGCACUCAGCCUCUUCAAAAAAUAUAAGGUGGAAAUUUCCGAUGCUAUAAACACAACAUUUCCUUUCCUUGAAUAUCUCCGUGAUCAUGAAUUCAUCACCAGUGAAAUGUACAAACACUCUCAUCAGUCUCUUACGAAACGCCAUGGUGUACAAGAAGUCAUAUAUGAUGUUCUCACUGAACUGGAGAAGACAUUUGACCUAUCCAUCCUGGAAGCAUUGUUCAGCAAGGUCAUCAUGAAGAAAUACCCAGAUUUAUAUAACAUUUAUAAAAUCUUCAAAACAGCGAUACCAGACCUAGAAUUAUCCCCAGAAUGUGAAAUGGAGCGGAGGCCUGAUGUCCAACUGAGCCUUGAACAAGGAACAGUUAAAAAACCGUUGUCAAGCCUGACCUGGCUCUACCAAGAUCCCUCAGAUUACAACGGUACAGCCCCACCUGAAAAUGAACUUGCCGAACCUCUCCGUGAAACACAACUGAAACAUGAGAAUGAAACACUACCUACAACCAGUGCACUAAAAACCCAACAAGCAAAUGAACAAUUUUUCCAAGAGUCUAAGCCCGCAGUGCUCAGCAUUGAUGAAGAUGAGCUCACCGAAUCUUCCACCGGGGAACAAAGAAGUAAUCCUGUGAUCAGCAGUGAUGAAGAUGAGCCUGCCAAAGCUUCCACUGGGGAACAAAGAAUGAAUCCUGGUACUGUGGAUCUUGGAAACAGUUUUACUUUAGCAAAGAUCAAGAGAAAAAGAAGGACAAUACAUCGCACCAAUAUGAGUGUGAAUUUUCAUGAUGAAUUACUUCCUGUGACCUGUGGGGAAUCAUCAGGGAUGUUAAUUAAGAGAAAAUUGGAACGAGGAGUCACAAUGAAGUGCAUAAGAAGCGAUGAUGGAAACUGGUUCAGCCUCAGGGAACUGGAAAUCAGAGGAGGCUACGAAAGUGCAAGUAAUUGGAAGAACAGUCUGCGCUGCGGUGGGAAAUCGCUCCGAAAGCUGAUAAUGGAAGGAAUACUACCUACACCUCCAAGAGUCUAUGGUAGAAGAAGACUGGAAAUCUCAGAAAAAUGCCGGAUCUGCCAGGAUGAAGGGAAGCUCUACUGCUGCGUCAAUUGUUUGGGCUUCUUUCAUGGGAACUGUCACCUUCCGCCUGUGGAGUCGGAGAGGAACCCUUGGAGAUGUACCUUCUGCACAAUACAAAUGGGUCCAAAAAGUCAGAAGUGUUGCAAGGAAUCUGAGAUCCUUGGGAGGCCGAUGGGGAGUGAGGAGAUGUUGAAAUGUGACUUCGUCCUCUUAAAGGUCUAUCACCAUUUAGAGAGCAAUGUUUUUCCGAAUAUUCCUCAUGAAAAUUAUGUUGAACAGGCUUCUCGAUGCCUAAAGAAACUUAGGAAGUUGGACGAGAUCAAGAAGAAUCUCAUUGAGGGACAGUACCACCAAGUGGAGGCGUUUGUGCGGGACAUGAACCACAUUUUUCAGGACCCCAGGUGCAAUGACUCAGACCUAUCCGAGGUGGAAUUUAAGGAGCAUUUUAAAGCAGUCUUCGCUAUUCAGAAACCAAAGCUGAACAGUUCACUGCUGUAGUGGACGCUGUUGGGACCCCAGAAAAUCCCGCUUUCAGGCCGAUUUCUCAUCCCGCAGCUCAGUUGCCGCUGCCACCUCUCCCCAGUGUAUUGCUUUGAACAUAAUAGAGCCUGACUCACCGGAAGUUACAUCUCUUCGGCUUGAGUGUUGGUUCCCAGCACCAAGGUUGAACCAACCAUGCGGAGUGAUUCACGUUCCUGUGCUCCCCAAGGAAUCAGGCCAGAGCUAGUCUGCAGCUAUAACCACACCCUUGCUUGGCUUUUCCCACCAUGCAUCCCUGCUUCCCUUAUUCCUCCUCCUCCUGAGAGAAUUCUCACAAUAAAUCACUUACU